UCUACCUCUUCUCCUUCGCUUCGAUUUCUCAUUUCUUAUUCAGAUCAGAUCUCCCGCGACAAAUCUUUGAGAUCUGAAUCGUUCUACGACCAGAGGAUAGAAAGAUGUACGGAUUCGAGGCGCUUACCUUCAACAUCCAUGGCGGAUACUUGGAGGCGAUCGUUAGGGGUCAUCGUGCUGGGCUUCUCACAACCGCUGAUUACAAUAAUCUAUGUCAGUGUGAGAACCUAGACGAUAUCAAGAUGCAUCUCUCUGCUACCAAAUACGGCUCUUAUCUCCAGAACGAGCCGUCACCUCUGCAUACGACUACAAUUGUGGAGAAGUGUACUCUCAAGCUUGUUGAUGAUUACAAGCAUAUGCUUUGCCAAGCUACCGAGCCAAUGUCUACCUUUUUGGAGUACAUCAGAUAUGGCCACAUGAUUGACAAUGUCGUGCUCAUUGUCACUGGAACCCUGCAUGAGAGAGAUGUUCAGGAGUUGCUCGAGAAAUGUCACCCUCUAGGCAUGUUUGACAGUAUUGCUACACUAGCUGUUGCACAGAACAUGCGUGAACUCUAUAGGUUGGUGCUUGUGGAUACUCCUCUUGCUCCAUACUUUUCUGAAUGCCUAACAUCAGAGGAUCUCGAUGACAUGAACAUAGAGAUUAUGAGGAAUACACUCUACAAAGCAUACCUUGAGGACUUUUACAAGUUCUGCCAGAAACUUGGUGGUGCAACAGCAGAGAUUAUGUCUGACCUUUUGGCCUUUGAGGCCGACAGAAGGGCAGUGAAUAUCACCAUCAAUAGCAUUGGUACUGAGCUCACAAGAGAAGACAGGAAGAAACUGUACUCUAACUUUGGUCUCCUCUAUCCAUAUGGCCACGAGGAGCUUGCUAUCUGCGAGGAUAUAGAUCAGGUUCGUGGUGUAAUGGAGAAGUACCCUCCUUACCAAGCUAUAUUCUCUAAGAUGUCUUAUGGAGAGAGCCAGAUGCUGGACAAGGCAUUUUAUGAAGAAGAAGUCAGAAGGCUUUGCCUAGCCUUUGAGCAGCAGUUCCAUUACGCUGUAUUCUUUGCGUACAUGAGGUUGAGGGAGCAGGAGAUCAGGAACCUGAUGUGGAUAUCCGAAUGUGUUGCACAGAACCAGAAAUCAAGGAUCCACGACAGCGUUGUCUACAUGUUUUGAGUCUGGUAAGAUGUCGAAAACAUCAUAUAUAAAUUGUGAAAAAUCUGUCUGAAAAAUUGGAGAAUAAGAAAAACCUAAUAUUGUUGUUGUUGUUGGGUUUCUUCAUCGCUCCUCUUUUUACCAGAGAAAUCUGCUGUACAAUCUUGCGGUUAACGUUCACUGUUUAUGUCGCUUUUCAUGAUGAGUUUCGUGUAUUUAAACCCUUCCCCCAAUAAGAAUUAUCUCCUUUAUGUUUGUUUUUGGCCA